CCAUUAAUCUAAUACGCUGGUAGAUACUAUGCUGCUCCUCCUUGUUCUUCUUCUUGUUCAAAUUCUCGAGACAGAGUGAUGGCGGCGGCGGCUGUGGUUUUUUUGGCGGCAGUGCUCCUCUGAAACUGAAUUGGUCCAUUGCCAAAAGAGAGAAUGGAGGGAUCCUCGUCCUCUUCUUCCUCAUCCUCCUCAUCCGCUAUUUUCUACGACUUUCUCGAUCGAAUGCGAGACCCUGCUUCCCUCGAUCUCGUCCGAUCUAUCAAAAGUUUUAUCGUUUCCUUGUCGUUUUACGCGGCCAACCCUGAAAGUGAUGGCUAAAAGGUUCAGGAAUUCUACGCAAAGAUGGAAGAUAUUAUUAGGGAUCAUCCUUUGUGGGCAGGUGCCACGGAUGAGGAAGUCAAUUGUGCAAUGGAGGGUUUGGAGAAAUAUGUCAUGACAAAGUUGUUCUCCCGGACCUUUGCUUCUUCACCCGAGGAUGCAAAGAUUGACUGUGAAACCUCGCACAAAAUACACUUGCUGCAGACCUUCUUGAAGCCUGAGCAUCUGGAUAUUCCAGUAGUUCUGCGCAACGAAGCUUCAUGGCUGCUUGCAGAAAAAGAAUUGCGGAAAAUCAAUGCCUUCAAAGCCCCUCGUGAAAAGCUUCUGUGUAUUAUGAAUUGUUGCAAGGUCAUUAACAGUCUGUUGCUGAAUGCAUCAAUGUCAGAGAAUCAUGUAUUAGCAGGAGCUGAUGACUUCCUUCCUGUCCUUAUUUAUGUCAUGAUCAAGGUCAAUCCUCCACAGUUGCAUUCCAACCUCAAAUUUAUUCAGUUAUAUCGAAGGCAGACAAAACUUGUGUCGGAAGCGGCUUAUUACUUCACCAAUCUUGUCUCGGCCAAAACAUUUAUUUUUGAGUUAAAUGCGAAAUCUAUUUCUAUUGAUGAAAUUGAAUUUGAAAAGAGUAUGCAAGAUGCAAGAUUGACCAAUAAAGCAACAGAAAAGGGCGCCACACAUGCUUUGGAAGAAAUGACAGCCUCACAAGGCCAGACAGAUCCUGGUUCAUCAGCGGCAUCGCAUUAUAAAGGAAGAAGCGGUUCAUCAAAUUACCCUUAUGUGGACAAAGAGGCUGGAGAUUUGACAGUUGGAGAUGUCGAAAGACUGCUAAGCGCGUAUAAGGAAGUGGUUACCAAGUAUACGAGUCUCUGCGGCUGUUAGAAAGCUUUCUUUUUCAAGGACUGAACCCCAUGCCACUGGUUUAGAAGCCAGAAAUGUAGUGUUGACAGAGUCGGAGGAAACAGAUAAGAAUUCUGAUCAAAGAGGAUGAAGGGGCAACUUCCAAGAUCAGUUACCAUUUUCAAAAUCAUGACAAACAAAGUUUUGCUAGGCACACAAUGAAUAAAUAGCCUUUUCUUUCUCCA